GCACGGAGGGGAGCCGGUUCUGCUGCCCCACGGGGAGAGGAGGCAGAGCUGAGACUCUGUUUUGGGGUGGGGGUGACGCCGUGGACUCUUGGGUCACUUGCGGGGAGGAAGGCAAAACGACUUCAUUCUCAGCAUCUUUGCUGAAUCACUGUGGUCCGGGGGAGAGUUCUUUUACCACGAUCUAGUUCUUUUACCACGAUCUCGUUGGAUUUCUCUGGGAUGGAAACGAGCACUUCCCGGCUCCUGCUGAAGCCCUGGACCCCACUUUAAGGGGGGGAUUUCUGUCCCAUGUUGCUGUCACUCCUUGGUCAGUGUGUGCUAAGCCCCAUCAGUGUGCGCAGGGAGGCUCGGUGUCUCUGACACUUGCCCACCGCCAGAACCGUUCAGAGAUGUAUUUCCUCGUUGGAAAAAGACUGGUUAAUAUCACAGAAGCAAAGUACAUGGAUAAACCCCAAUUAUUAUCACAGGUCAUAGAAGUUUAAGUGCCCUGUGUUGCUUCAGUGGGACUAAGCUGGAUAUUAGAGUCCUUCUUUGGGGCUCUCAUAGGAGAGGCAAAGUCGUACUGAGAUGUGGGCUGUUCCAACAAGAAGCAACUGAAAUAAAGGUUUGGAAUUGGGACUUAAAAUAGGAUGUGAUAGAACUCCUUGGGGGAGGGAUGGAAACUUUAGGAGUUCAGAAUUUAUAGUGAAGCAAUUAAACACAAAGGAAUGAAAAUGUGUCUUUCUGUCCUGCUUGAUGUAAAGACUAUUAGUAAAAAACAACUCAAGAAAAGCAAGAACUAAGUUAACUUCUGAUAAACUGCAUUAGUCAUGAUAAAUAUGACAUGUGUUGAAAAUGGUAGGUGCUUUCUUUAGUGAAACUGAUCUGCUGAAUUGACAGAAGAUUUGGUAACUGGUUGUUUUGAGAACAUUUCUCCUCCUCACUCCCCUAGUUAUUGUGGCACAGGGCUGGAACUAAGGGGCUGCUCUGCAGACCAUCAGUGCACUGUAGUUUGGAGGAGAACAGUCAGCACUGGUGCUGCUCAGUGUUUGUCAGUUCAGGUGAGUCACCAAUAACUUAGAGUAAGAACUUGCCUUUCAAAUGUUCUGACUGGCUGGGGAAGAGAGAGGUUGUCCCUGUACAGCAUAACUGUGCUGGGGGAUGGAGUUUCUUCUCAUCUUGCGAGAUCUAAGUGUGAGAGCCAGGGAACUUGCAAAGGGGGUGAGUAGCUGAAAUGCCAAGUAUAUGUCAGAGUCUUACCUUGCUCUUUUUCAUUUUUAAGUUGCUGCUGAUAGAAUUCCUUCCAUCUCUCUAUUGACGUAGGAAUCAAAGGUAAUUUUUGAGGUUAAAUAUCCCAUGCUGUACUAUUGAUACCAAGCUGCCCAUGAAAGACUAUAGCCACAAGUAAAUCCCUUAAUUCUUUUCUUUGAAAAGCUAGAUGAAGAACAUUCAGAGCAAAUCAGGUGGUCUGUGCCUCUUGUCUUACAACGGCUGGGUGCAUUUCUGCUCCUCCUUUGGGUAACUGUGUAUUACACUGUGGCAGGGGUCUCUUCAGGAGUGGUGGUAGCCUGUAGUCCCAGCAGUGCAAAUGCCUGGUAGUGCUGCUGGCAUCCCCUGGUCUGGCCUGAGCCUGUGUGUAUGUUUUCACAGAUACAGACGUUCAUCUGACUCUUAAAUGCUUUCUUUUAAUUUCAGCUUGCAAACUGGUUUGCAGCUCUGUUCUGUGAGAAGCCCUGCUGGAGUUAGUGGCACUACCUGUUGCAGCAGUGUUGCUGAUAAACAGCCUUGUAAUCCUCUGAGUCAUAACAUAUGAAAUAAGAGUGAGCGUUUUAUAAAUGCAGGUAUCCAGUUUGGUGUGUUGAGUAUAAAGUGAUGACUUGAGUGCUUUUCUUGCUUCCCAUUCCAGUUCUGGCUGUGCUGGGCUGUGGCAGGAGCCCCAGUGACUGUGUCACUGCUGUGUGUCCUCUCCCUGCACGCAGAGCAGUGUCACGGCAGCAGGACUGUGGUUUGACACCAUCCGUGCACAUCUGCUCCCACCAGAGUGGGAUAUCCCAUUUGGCUUAACUGGGUCAGCAAUUUGUCUGACUGAAUUUCACUUUAAAUAUUUUUUGUGGUUAUCAAAUGUAGGCUGCCUUGGGAUAUGACUGUGUGUGUCUGUAAUUUGCUGUCUGGACAGGAGUAGCUGUGUUGGUCAGCCUGUCCCUGCAUGCUGUCCAUUGGUGUGUGGCACAAGGACAGAGCUGGCUUGAGGCUGCCAGUGCUGGGGGAUGGAUGGAGUGUCUGCCCACCCGCACUGAUGAUCACUGUGUUCCGUUCAGGAGGAUUUAAAGCAUCAUUGAAAGGGCGCGUGUCAUGAAGGGCGUCUAUUCUCAGCCUUGUUGUGAUGUGGUUGGCGAGUCCUUAGCUCAGGUUGUACCCAAACUAAGCUACUUUCACCUGUGAAGUUGUGUAGAAAUUCAGAGCUCCCAGGCUGAUGAGGGAAGUAGCAAAUGGUUGGGAUCACACUUGGGCAUUUUAGGGUGGCCUCCUGGUAUCAUCCUUUCAUGUGGCACAUCUGGCUCCAGCACUGGUGUGCCAGGGAGGUCUGUGUGUGCCUUGUGGUUCUGGGUCCUUACACAAAGGUCACAGAGAUUUCUCCAUGCCCCUUCUCUAUUGAGGGCUAGGUUUAUUUCAGAUAAUUGCUCCGGUAAAUUAUUCACUCCGAUGUUACACAGGAGUGCUGUGAUCAAGGAUUAAAUCAUGCCCUUGCACAGGCUUGCAGUGUCAUCUCUUUCUUUCGCUCAUGAAGUCUUGAUUCGUCUGUGCUGGACUUACAUGCUGACCAAAGUAACAUAUUCACCAGUUAAAAUAGCACUGAUGGACAUCUCUGUCUUUGAAAUACUCUGGAUGUGUAAUUUGAAUUAAUUUUAUUAAGACUGCAGUCAUGAUUGCUGGCGAGGUUUCUGGCUGGCUGUAUCAUUUUACUUUCAAGUGAAUAUCAGAAACCUGUACCAGUCUCAUAUGCUUUUAAUGCAUCUGCAUGUUAUCCUCUUCUUGUACUUGAUCAGAAUAACACCUUCAAGUGCUGGAAUUUAAAAGGCUUUGCUAAAAGUUUACAAACUGUACUUGAGUGACAAUUCCAAAAAAAGUCAAAAAACAAACCAACCAAAAAAAACCCAAUUCAAAAAACCCCCAAAAAACUCCCCAAAACAAACAAUAAAACCCUGAAAGAAUUCACUCCUUGAUUUGUCAGCAGUUAGAAAAAAAUAAUUACAGAGUUUGGCAAAAGAGCUGGUGUUCCAGGUUUAUCUGCUGUCAGGGGAUGUGCUUUAAUGUACUCUCUUGAGGCAUGCUGUGUCUCUAAUUUGUAAAAAUAGGAUCCUGGUAUGACUUGUUCUGUAUCUUAGUAUUCCUUAGUCUUCUGUUGUCUGACCUCACUAUUUUCAUACAUUGAUUUUGUUUUUUGUACUCUUUAAUCUACCUGAGAUGCAGCUGGGGCUGUGCUUGUGCUGCUGGGUCCCAAAGACCUGACCUGCUGGACUCUUUUUUUUGUCCAGGCUGUGGAUUUGCGCAGGGCAGCAGGGCACAGAGAGAUGGGAUGUGCUGCCUUGUUCUGUGUUGAAUGAAAUCAACCUUAUUUCCUAGGAAUGAGAAGGGCAAGUUAUCUUUUUUGGUUGUAAACAUUCAGUCGUUUUGGAAUGUGGGGCUCUGGCUUGGCUCAAUCUUUGUGCUGCCUUUAGCUGGGUGACUGUAUGUUGAAGUUUAUUAGUAAAGAGGAUGGGACCAGAAGUCUUGGGAACUGUGUGGUCUUUUAAGAUGUAAAAAUAAACAAAGCUGAGAAGCUCUACCCUACUUAAAACAGGCUGACCUAAAUUUUCAGCAAUUCUAGCAGAGAGGCAGGCUCUGGGUAGGGAUAAAGGCUUACUGACAACUGGCUUUCCUGUCCUUCCAUCGCUUGCCAUGGUUGACAGGCCACCUUUGGCAAAUCAACACUGGUGUCUGAGGUCAUUAAUUUCCCCCUUCCCCGAGUUGCACAACCUGGCCGUGGGUUUGCCGUACAGUCCCCUUGUUAUGCAAGUCAACAGUUCAGCAUCUUCUGGGAAGUCACAGCAUGAAUCUCUACUCAAGUUGCUUUUGUUGGAGUGUGUUGACAACAUGUUAGAUGUCCUCUGUCUUGUCCCUGCAGAGAUUGCUUUUGAGAGUAGGUGUCUGGGAAGUCCAUUCAUACUCUUUGUCUGUAGAUUAAUGUCCUUGCUAUCAGUUGCUGUUCUCCACUACUGAAUUAUUAAUUCUUCAGUGAGAGUUUUUUUCUUCUUAGUGUUCAUUGACUUUCAUGCUUGAUUUACUCUUUUGUGCAGUUUGAAACUGGAGCAUGGGAAUGUUGACUAAUAUUAAUGGAUCACAUGGUGUGACCUCAGAGGUUGUUAAAUAAACUUUUUUUAUUGGGGAAAACAACAUCUGUCUUUCAAAGUACUCGGUUUCCCAGGUGAAAGGUUGCUUACAAACAUGUAUUACCCUCAGAGGCACAUUGCUUGUUAUUCAAGAAAACUGGGGUGUUCAGGCAACUGGUGGAGUGGUUAUGUGUGCUCCAGAGACAGUCCUGUGGGUAAUGUGAUGGGAGAAGGAGGGAAAAGUGGAUUUGCAGAUUAUCCUGCUAAUGUGACUUUGUAGCUGAAUGCUUUCCUGGCAGAGAGCCUGCCUUUGAUUGGAAAGCAUUCCCCUUGGUGUUCUUGUAGGUACUGAUGGUCUGCCAUUUUUUGUUCUGUGUUUGUGUGUGCUUUUUCCUGCAGAGAGAUAAGAAGAGGGGAAUUGUGUAUCCUUUCAGCAGCCUUCUGUUAAACUUGGAAUACCACAGUUCAAGCACUUGAACAGAUGGAUAAUGGAGACUGGGGAUAUAUGAUGACUGAUCCAGUCACGCUAAAUGUGGGUGGACACAUGUAUACGACCUCCCUCACAACUCUAACGAGAUAUCCUGACUCAAUGCUCGGGGCCAUGUUCAGGGGAGACUUCCCCACUGCCAGGGACUCUCAGGGCAAUUACUUUAUUGACAGAGAUGGACCACUUUUCCGUUAUGUUCUUAACUUUUUAAGGACCUCAGAGCUCACUUUGCCACUGGACUUCAAGGAGUUUGACCUGCUCCGGAAGGAAGCGGACUUCUAUCAGAUUGAACCCUUAAUUCAGUGUCUUAAUGACCCCAAGCCGCUGUAUCCCGUGGAUACCUUUGAGGAGGUGGUGGAGCUGUCCAGCACCCGGAAACUUUCCAAGUACUCCAACCCGGUGGCUGUGAUCAUCACGCAGCUCACCAUCACGACGAAAGUCCAUGCACUAUUGGAAGGCAUUUCAAACCACUUCACCAAGUGGAAUAAGCACAUGAUGGACACCAGGGACUGCCAGGUAUCCUUCACCUUUGGGCCAUGUGAUUACCACCAGGAAGUGUCGCUCCGAGUGCAUCUCAUGGAGUACAUCACAAAGCAAGGCUUCACGAUCAGGAACACCAGAGUCCAUCACAUGAGUGAGCGUGCCAAUGAAAACACAGUGGAGCAUAACUGGACUUUCUGUAGACUGGCACGGAAAACAGAUGACUGAUUCUGACUCCACAGGAGCCACUUCAGUGAUUAGCAACUUAAUUGGACAGUAAACCCAAGAGAGUCUGGAUUUUGACUAAAGCAACAAUAUGGGCUUUUUUUAUAUGACUAUUUAUUGUUUAUCAGUGAGGACUGGAGGAGUUUCAUUCUCUAGCAGCUCUGUUCUAUUGUCCAGUUCAGAAAAAAUACCGUGCAUGUGCCUGUUCAAGUGAAGACACCUUUUUGUUUGAAAGAGGGAGUCCUAAGAAUCAGUACAAUAGGGUAUUUUGUGUCAUUAACACAAUUCUCUGACUCAACUCAAAAGUGCUAAAAUUACCUCUUGUUUAAAUGGUUUCUAAUCCAUCUAAUGCUAUGACACUGGGAGCAAGAAACAAAAAAGAUUUUAAAAUGCAGUUGGGGAGAAGCUGCUAUUGUGUAGACUAAUUUAGUUUCUAAAUCAAUAAACAGUAUUGUAAUAUUUUAGGAAAACAAAUCCCACCCUUUAAAAGUACUUGAUAAGUACAGUUUCUUACAGUUAUGACAACUGUUUCUUUCUAUGCAUAUAAAUCAAGCAACCAAAUAUUAUCUGUAGCCAUGGAAAUAUGAUUACACAUAUUUAUAUUGGAUUCUAAAUGCAAAAUGUCCCUGUGGUAGAAUUCAUAUUUUUAAUGCCUGGUGCAAUAUUAUUCCCAAGUGUAAUGCCUGCCAGAAGAAGCUAAUAAAAAUGUGAAAUACAGAA